CAAGAAAUUGUAUAGGGAAGAUGGGAAGAGGGAAGAUUGCAAUCAAGAGAAUAGAUGAUUCAACCAAUAGGCAAGUAACUUUCUCAAAGCGAAGGAAUGGGUUACUGAAGAAAGCAAAAGAGCUAGCCAUCUUAUGCGAUGCUGAAGUACAAGUCAUCAUCUUUUCCAGUACCAACAAGCUCUAUGAAUACUCAAGCAGCAGCAUGACAUCAGGGAUUCAACGCUACAACCGCUGUAAAGAAGAAAACGAUCAAGUGGUGAACUCAACGUCGGAUGUCAAGCUUUGGCAAAUGGAGGUUGCAAUACUGAAGCAAAGGUUGCAGAAUUUGCAUGAAGCUCAUAGGCAACUGAUGGGAGAAGAACUCUGUGGCUUGGGAGUUGAAGAGCUUCAUAAACUGGAGAACCAGUUGGAAAUAAGCCUACAAGGUGUUCGCAAGAAAAAGGAAGAGAUUCUAACCAAUGAGAUAGAAGAGCUUAGCACAAAGGGGAACCUGAUACAUCAACAAAAUAUAGAACUCUACAGGAAGCUACACGAACCAAGAGCAUACGCAGCUACAUGGGAUGAUAAUAAUGGACUUGCUGCGUGUAACUCUGGUGGCAUACAAGCUCAUAACACUACCAAUCAAAAUCUAUAUCAACCUGGUCAGAGGACUCACGUGUACCGCUGAGGGCACCAAGAUCAAGUCAUGUAUUUUCUCAUGAACUAUACUCUACCCUUGUGGGUAAAAACUACCCAUCGAAUAUGUCUUGGAAUCAAGUUUCACUUUUGAGGAUAACAUUUCAGGUUUAUGAUUACUGUUAGAGGAAGUUAGAGGUGUCAAUUGGUUCUUUUCUGUUUAUUCGAUAAUUUGGUUCCUUUUAUUCGGUUUGAAAUUUUAUAUAAGAUGUGGACAAUGACAUGCAGCUUCAUUAAA